UCCCAGGGCGCUCCUGCGAGUCCGGCUGACCAGGGCAGGCCGGCAGCCCCUCUGGCCCCGCGGGGUCCAAGGUCUCAGACGCAGCACCUGCUGGAGGGGCUGCCGGCAAGAUGCCCAGGCAAGCCUCGCACCCGCGCCCGCUGAGGCGCACAGCCGCCCACACUGGCUGCGCUCAGUUUCAGGCCCACGGGGGCCGCGGCUCAGCUCUGCCAUGUGUCUGGGUCCGCGAGCAGACCCAGGCCCGCCCAGCAACACGGGGGACACAGGGGCACAGCGUCCACCCUCGCCUGGAGCCCUGGCCCCUCCCCACUGUGAGCAGCUAGGGUCCCCCUCCCUGAGGCCCCCGGAUGACCUGGACCCCCGGGGCCUCUCCGCUCCUUCUCUGGGCCCCUCUCCACUCUGGGAACUUUCUUCCUCUUCUUCUGCCUGGGCCUGUGGCUACAUGGGUCACAAACGGUCUGAGGGGCCUUUCUCAGGGUUCACAGCAGAGACCAGCUCGGGGGGAGGGGGGCGGUGGUGCUGGUGGUUGGGCACAGCAAGCAUCCACUUUGCCAGGGAGUCUGAGCCCACGGCCCUUUCAUGUCCCAACCCGGUCCUUCUGUCACUCAGUCGGGAAGGUAACAUGACCAGUCCUCCAGGGGACCCAGUCACCGCUCAGCCCACACCCCUCCCAGGAGUGGGGUUCCUGACAACAGGCGGAAUAGGAAACUCAGGCUCAGAGAAAGGGCACUGCUCUCGAAGCUCCAGGAGCAGAGGCGACACUUGAAGGAAGUGGUUUCCUUCAAAGGAAGCCCUCACCCACAUCAGGGUCCUCUAAAGCUUCAAGGCAGGACCUCGGGAGGAGGAGGAGGCCCCGCCAAGGACCAAGGGUCGGGAAGAGGCAGGAAGAGCUCAGGGCAUGAGCCCAUGGAGGUGGGGGGUACGCUGUUGCAGGAGAGACACAGAGAAGCCCCUGGAGUGGCUGGGACAGACAGAAGCCCACCCUCGGGGACAGGAGAAGAGGAGCCUCUCCUUCCCACAUCUUCCUUCUUCCCCUCCCAGCUCACUGCCACUUGCCUGAGCUGGACUCGGAAGCCACACACAGGUCCGUGCUGCACUGAGCCCUGGCUGUGGUGGGCACCUGCAUCUUCCCUGAAGCAUCGCCAGGGUCUGUGGCCCCGUCCACUCCCAGCACCCACAGGGACGUGCUGGUGGGCGGGUUGGGGAGGGAGCUAGACCCCAGGGGGAGCCUCUCAGAGGGAAGGACGGGCCCUGGUUCCCAUCACUGGACAGGGAUGCCAGGAAGGCACCAACGCUGUCCCUAAAACAAGAACCAGGGGAGUUGUGGACAUGGCUCAGUGGUAACACACCCGGGCCUUCCUUAGUGGGUUAAGAUGCCGGUGUGGCCACAAGCUGAGGUGUAGGACACAGAUGCGGCUCGGAUGCCCUGUUGCCAUGGCUGUCUUGCAGGCUGGCACCUGCUAGCUCUGAUGCCACCAUAGCCUGGGAAAUUCCAUAUGCAGCAACAGGGGCCCUAAAAAGACCAAACAAAAACAAAAACAACCCCAAAAAAAUAGAGCCAGGCUCCCGAGAAGAGGCAGUUCCCCUUCCUGUGGGGCUGCUGAGGUAACAACCCCGUGACAGGGAGGACCGGCCUCCGAGGGGCCACACCCUGGGCCCUGUCUGUCCUGAGGGCGCCGGGCUCUCCUCCAGCUGCACAGCCUGGACCACGGGGAGGAGACGCCAUGACCCCCACGCUCCCGGGCCUGCUCUGCCUCGGGCUGAGUGUGGGCCUGGGGACCCAGGUGCAGGCAGGGACCCUGCCCAAACCCACUGAGCCAGGCCCUCUGGUCACCUGGGGGAGCCCUGUGACCAUCUGGUGUCAGGGGGCUCUGUGGGUCCAGGAGUUCCAUCUGGUUAAAGAGGGAAGCCCAACUCCCUGGGACAGACAGACCCCACGGGAGGCUGGGGACAAGGCCAAGUUCUCCAUUCAAUACAUGACCCAGGUCUACGCAGGGAGGUACCGCUGUUACUACAUCAGCCCCACUGGCAGGUCAGAGCCCAGUGACACUCUGGAGCUGGUGGUGACAGGAGCCUCCGAAAAACCCGCCUUCUCAGCCCUGCCCAGCCCUGUGGUGGCCUCAGGAGGGAAUGUGACCCUCCAGUGUGGCUCACGGCACGGAUAUGACAGGUUCAUCCUGACUAAGGAAGGAGAACACAAGUCCUCCUGGACCCUGGACACACAGAGACGCCCCGAUGGGCAGACCCGGGCCCUGUUCCCUGUGGGCCCCGUGACCCCCAGCCACAGGGGGACAUUCAGAUGCUAUGGCUAUUUCAGAGACAAACCCCAGGUGUGGUCAGAACCCAGUGACCCCCUGGAGCUCCUGGUCUCAGGGGACUCUGGGAAGCCCUCCCUCCUGACCCCGCAGGGCCAUGUCAUGGCCACUGGACAGAGUCUGACCCUCCAGUGUCACUCUGCCAUCAGCUAUGACAGGUUUGCUCUGGCCAAGGAGGGGGCACAGGACCUCCAACAGAGCCCUGCCUGGCAGCCCCAGGCUGGGCUCUCUCAGGCCCACUUCCCCCUGGGCCAGGUGAGCAGCCACCCUGGGGGCCGGUACAGAUGCUACGGUGGACACAACCUCUCCUCCCUGUGGUCGGCCCCCAGUGACCCCCUGGACAUCCUGGUGGCAGGAUGGCUCAUUGGCACAGCCUACAUCUCGGUGCAACCGGGCCCCUCGGUGGCUGCAGGACAGAACGUGACCCUGCUGUGUCGGUCAUGGGUUCCCAUGGACACUUUCCUUCUGUCCAAGGAGGGGGCGGCCCACCCCCCGCUGCGUCUUAGGUCACAGCCCCAAGCUGGGCAGAACCAGGCCCAGUUCUCCAUGGGUCCUGUGACCUCGGCCCACGGGGGCACCUACAGGUGCUACGGCUCACUCACCAGGGACCCCUACCUACUGUCACAGCCCAGUCAGCCCCUGGAGCUCGUGGUCUCAGGAGGCUCCCAGGAUCAGCCCCUCCGCCCCACGGACUCACGCCCCGACAGGGGCCUCCCAUGGUACCUGAGCCUUCUGAUCGGGGUCUUGGUGGCCUUCAUCCUGCUGCUGCUCCUCCUCCUCUUCCUCCUCAUCCGACACCGACGCCGGGAUCAGGACAGAUGCAGGAAGUCAGGGGCUGCAGACCCAGAGCCCGAGGACAGAGGCCUGCAGAACAGCUCCAGCCCAGCCGCCGACACCCAGGACCAGAACCUCUAUGCUGCCCUGAAGGACACAGUCUGAGGAGGGGACGGAGCUGGACCAUCUGAACGGGCAGCAUGGAGCCCUCCAGGAGCAGACCUACGCCCAGGUCAACCACUCCAGAUCGAGAGUGAGGCGGGGGGUGGCCCCCUCUCCUCCCUCCCCGUCGGGGGCACUGCUGGACAGACCAGCCGAAGAUGACAGGCAGGGGGACGGUCAGGCUGCUGCAUCUGCAGAUGCCCAGGACGUGACCUACGCCCAGCUGAGCCACGGGACCCUCAGUCGGGGACAACGGCACCCCCUCCCUCCCAGUCUGGGGAGCCCCCAGCAGAGCCCAGCGUGUAUGCUGCUCUCGCCAUCCGCUAGCCCCCCAAGGACCCAGACCCCGCAUUCCAGGGACUGGAUUGCAGGCACCCCAGCAGGCACGGGAGCUGCUGGUCGUGGACACCCCCUAAGGACCACCCCCCAGCAGGACUCCUCACACGAGUCCAGGAGCUCCGGGGGCCCUCUGGGGUCACCUUCCAUCCAAAGGAACUAACAACCCCACAUGUUGGACUUAAAGCAACAGACCUCUCAACUACCAGGGAUUCGGAAAGAGAAUCGUACAUUAUUCCAAACGAAGGUAGAAGGAGGGAAAUUAGAAUGACAAGAAUCAGUACCAAGGAGGACAAGCAAAAACUGGAGGAAAAUCCAGAGAGCCAACAUGCCAUUCUUGCCAACACCGAUCACACGCUCAAACCCCAGGCACGGGAACCAAGGGUCAAGGGACGAAGGCACACGUCACCCUUGUCGGGACACUACGCAGACCCUACAGAUGGGGUUUUCUGGGGUUUUUCUUUUCUGGCCACGCCUGCAUCAUGCAGAAGGUCCUGGACCAGGGAUCAAACCCUCACCACAACAAUGACAACGCCGGAUCCUUAACCCACUGAGCCACAAGGGAACUCCCCUACAGUUUUAAGUAAAGAACUUUAUGGAGUUCCCACCGUGGCUCACGGGAUCAGCAGGAUCUCUGACCACUAGGAUGCAGGUUCGAUCCCCGGCCUGGCACCGGGUGUUAAGGGUCCAGCAUUGCCGCAGACACUGCAUACGACUCAGACCUGAUCCCUGGCCUCGGAAUUCCGCAUGCCGCAGGGAGGCCAGAAAAGAAAAACUAAAUACACAAAUAAAUAGAACUGUGUGAACAAUUUUAUGCCACAAGAAAAUGUAGAUGAAAGGGACAAAAAUUCUCAAAAAUACAAUUUACCAAAAUGAUGGAGAUAAACGGAGAUAACAAAUCUUGGAGUUCCCGUCAUGGCUCAGUGGUAAUGAACCCAACUAGCAUCCAGGAGGAUGCUGUGACCGUGCGGGUGUUUUUUUCAGGAAUGCAGGAUUGGUUUCAUCCUCCAAUGCCAACCAACACAAGCCAAACACUGAAAGAUGACAGAGGGAGUCCCACUAUGGUGCAGCAGCUUAAGCAUCCAGGCAUUGUCUCUGCAGCAGCGUGGGUUCCAACCCCAGACCAGCACGGCAGCCGGCUUCAGGGUCCGCUGUUGUCGCAGCUGCUACCAACGUCACAGCUGUGGCUUGGAGUCUGUCCCUGGCCCAGUGACUUCAUAUGCCAUGGGUGUGGCCAAAGAAGAAAAAGAUUAAAUAGAAAAAAAAUACUGAUGGAGUUCCCUGGUACUCUCGUAGGUGAAGGAUCCAGCAUUGUCACUGCUGUGGCUCUGAUGAUGGGUUCAAUCCCUGGUCCUGGAAUUUGGUAUGCCAUGAGUGUGGCCAAAAUAUAUAUAUAUAUAUACCAAAAGAUGAAAGGCUUUUGAUUAAAGACAUCACCAAUCUAUAAUUAAAAACUCAGAAAUAAAAGAACCUAUACUAUCAUUUAUCAAAGCAUCUGUAAAAAUCUACAAUAAAUUGGGUUUUUUGG